GCGGCGUGAGGACCGGCAGCGAGUGCCAUGCAAGGCUCCUGCUGCCAGCCCAGGGUGGCUCCAAGGGGACGCUGCGGGCACAGCCCGGCUCGGCAGCCUCACAGCUGCGGGCUCUGAGAGACCCCGGCUGUGCGGGGAUGAAAUAAACGCUGCCAGAGCCGCUCCGGGACGGGAUGAGUCAAUUCUGAGAGGCUGCUCCGUGGCUUUGGUUGCGUCUGACCCAGCUCGGCACGGCUCAGAUGCUCUCCCUGCUGCACCCAGGAUCGGGUGGGCAGCAGGGAUGAAGCAGAAGUGAACGUGGGAUGAGGAGCCGCGGCUUUCCGGGAGCGGAACUCGCUGGAUGUUCUCAGGGCGCUGCGCCGGGGUUGGAGAUCUCCACCACGCUGGUGAUGUUCAGCCCGUCCUCUGCUGUGACCCCGUGCACCUCCCCGCGGGUGCCCCAGGCCGUCCCCAUGGACCUGAGGAUCGGGCAGCGCGUGGUCAAGCCCCAGGACACGGCUCUGCUGGCCCUGAAGCAGCAGCAGCUGCAGCACCAGCUCUUCCUGGCCAGCCUGCACCAGCAGCAAGUGGAGCAGCUCGCCCACCAGCACGUCAGAGUGGCCAUGGAGUCCCCGCACCGCGAGGCUGAGCCGGGCCAGCAGGAGCAGGAGCUGCGGCAGAUCCUCAACAAGGACAAGAGCAAGAGGAGUGCCGUGGCCAGCACGGUGGUGAAGCAGAAGUUGGCCGAGGUCAUCCUGAAGAAGCAGCAGGCGGCUCUGGAGAGAACCAGCAACGCCCCCGCUACCGCCCUGCCCUACAGGUCUCUGGAGCCUCUGGAGCCCGAGGGUCCCUCCCCUGCCAUGCUCAGCACAUUCCUGUCCCCCGUGGCCAGCGCUUCCCUCGACCCCCCCGAGCAUUUCCCGCUGCGGAAAACAGCGUCCGAGCCCAACCUGAAGGUGCGGUGCAAGCCCAGGAAGUGCCUGGACCGGCGCAAGAACCCCCUGACCCGCAAGGAGAGCGCUCCCCCCUCGCUGAAGAGGCGCCCGCCCGAGGCCAUCGACUCGUCCCCCAGCAGCAGCAGCACCCCCGUGUCCGGCUGCAGCUCUCCCAACGACAGCCUGCCCGCCGAGCACGCGGCUCUGCCCGCGGCCCCGGGAGCAGCCCACGAGGGCGAGGCCGAGCGCCGGGCGCUGCCCAGCCUGGCUCACCGCGUGCCGGUGCUCAACGGGCCGGUGCUCCCGGGCACGCACUCGCCCGUCUUCAUCCCGGCCAGCCUGGAGCAGCACGAGGCCGGCGGCCCCCUGUCCCCUCGGCUGCAGCCCGUCAUCAUCCUCGAGCCCUCGGUCAGCCACGCUCCGCUGGUGGCGGUGCCAGGCCUGGGGACCGUCCCCUUCUCCUUCGCCCCCUCGCUCAUCCCCGCCGAGCGCCUGUCCCUGCCCGGCCACCACAAACCGCUGGGCAGGACCCGCUCGGAGCCGCUGCCACCCAGCCCCAAGGCGGUGCAGCAGCACCUGCUGUUCCAGCAGCACCACGCGCAUUUCCUCGAGAGGCUCAAGCAGCAAACGCACCUGGGCAAGCGCAUGGCCAAGCCCAGCGAGAAGCCCCGGCUGCGGCAGAUCCCGUCCUCGGAGGACAUGGAGGCCGAGGGGACGCUCCCGGAGGCCGCGGCCGAGGGCGGGGACCCCGGCAGGGCACGGCUGGAGCCCCCCCGGCCCGGCAGCAGCGGGAAGGAGCCCGAGAGGACGCAGAAGAUGGGGCAGCCCCAGGAGGAGCUGGUCCUGCAGCAGGCCUUGCUGUGGGACUCGUUCCAGCGGGUGCAGCAGCAGCUCCUCAAGCGCCAGCCCUUGGCCGACCCCCCCGUGGUGCCCCCCGGCCACCGACCCCUGUCCAGGGCCCAAUCGUCCCCGGCCACGGCCAGCGCGUCCCUCCCUGCCCAGGACACCAAGGCUCUGGCCCUGCCCGUGCAGGAGCCCCAGCCACACUUCACCACAGGGCUGGUUUACGACUCGGUGAUGCUGAAGCACCAAUGCUCCUGUGGAGACAACAGCAACCACCCCGAGCACGCCGGGAGGAUCCAGAGCAUCUGGUCCCGGCUGCAGGAGCGGGGCCUGCGCAGCCGCUGCGAGUGCCUGCGGGGCCGCAAGGCCACCCUGGAGGAGCUGCAGUGCGUCCACAGCGAGCGCCACGUCCUCCUCUACGGCACCAACCCCCUCAACCGCCUCAAACUGGACAAUGGGAAGCUGGCAGGGAUCUUGUCCCAGAGGACGUUUGUGAUGCUGCCCUGCGGAGGGGUGGGGGUGGACAGUGACACCAUCUGGAACGAGCUGCACUCAUCCAACGCUGCCCGCUGGGCCGCCGGCAGCGUCACCGAGCUGGCCUUCAAGGUGGCCACCAGGGAGCUGAAGAACGGUUUUGCCGUGGUGCGGCCGCCCGGACACCACGCGGACCCUUCCACGGCCAUGGGAUUCUGCUUCUUUAACUCCGUGGCCAUCGCAGCCCGGCAGCUGCAGCAGAAGGGGAAGCUCAGCAAGAUCCUCAUCGUGGACUGGGACGUUCACCACGGCAACGGGACCCAGCAGAUUUUCUACAGGGACCCCGAGGUUCUCUACAUCUCCCUGCACCGCCACGACGACGGGAAUUUCUUCCCGGGCAGCGGAGCCGCCGACGAGGUGGGCGCUGGCCCCGGCGAGGGCUUCAAUGUCAACGUGGCCUGGGCUGGGGGGCUCGACCCCCCCAUGGGGGACCCCGAGUACCUGGCUGCCUUCAGGACCGUGGUGAUGCCAAUUGCCCAGGAGUUCUGCCCCGAUGUGGUGCUGGUCUCAGCCGGCUUCGACGCGGCCGAGGGCCACCCACCCCCCCUGGGUGGCUACAAAGUCUCUGCCAAGUGUUUUGGCUACAUGACCAAGCAGCUGAUGAGCCUGGCCGGGGGGGCCGUGGUGCUGGCGCUGGAGGGGGGCCACGACCUCACGGCCAUUUGUGACGCGUCCGAGGCCUGCGUGUCCGCCCUGCUGGGCCACGAGCCGGAGCCGCUCCCGGAGGAGAGCGUGAGGCAGAAGCCCAACGCCAACGCCGUGCGCUCCCUGGAAGCCGUGAUCCAGGUGCAGAGUAAAUACUGGGUGGCCGUGCAGCGCUUCGCCUCCAAGCUGGGCUGCUCCUUCCUCGAGGCUCAGCACCACGAGGCCGACGAGGUGGAGACGGUCACGGCCCUGGCGUCGCUCUCGGUGGCCGUGAUGGUGGAGAAGAGGGCGCAGGAGGAGCCGAUGGAGCAGGAGGAGCCCAUGAACCAGUGACAGCCCCGCCGGGAUCCCGGCUCCCGUUUGUCCCCCUGGACUCCUGGAAGGGACAUUCCCGCAUCCAGAGGGACGGGACCGAGCCCGCAGCCUCCCCCCCCAACCCCUCCCCGAUUUCGGGACCCCUCGUGAAGGGGGUGAAGCCCCCCCAGCGCUGCGGGACAGACCCCCCGGUCCCGGGAAGGGCCGGACAUUGGGAUGGACGCUCGGAUCAUCCCGGGGGCGGCUCCCAGAGCCCCCCCCCGUGCCUGGGAGGAGAAUCCCGGGGUUCUCUCGGCGGGGACGGGACCUCCACGAGCUCUCCAAGGGUUCCCUGGCUCCCCUCGCCCGGCUGGGACACAGGGACAGAGCGGCAGUGACGCGGCCGGGAGCUCGCUGGGCACGGGGGGGCUCGGAGCAGCCCGGGGAAAGCUCGGAGCAUCCUGAAAAAAAGCUUGGAGCAUCCCGAGGAGGGUUUGGAGCAUCCCGAGGAGGGUUUGGAGCAUCCCGAGGAAGGUUUGGAGCAUCCCGAGGAAGGUUUGGAGCAUCCCGAGGAGGGUUCGGAGCAUUCCCGGCGAGGCCGGAGCUCGGGCCGUGCCCCGGGGCACCCCGCGAGCACCGAGCGCUGCCCCCGGCUCUGAUUUGCACUACGGACCCCGAGGGCGCUGAUGCGAACCCGGCUCCUCUUCCCGGGGCAAUUCCCGCUGGAAUUCCGGGACCGAUCCGCUCCGGCCGCGCCCCCUGAGCCCCCUCCCCGGCCCGGGGAUGCCCAAAGCCCCUCGGUCCCGCCCCUGAGCCUCCGAGGGCUCCAAAAUCCAUCCCGAUUUGCCUUUUCCCGUUCCCCAGAGCUUUUCCCGAGGGUUUUCCACACGAGGAUCGGGCUCUGAGCCGGGGAGGGGGUUUGGGGACAGAGGGGACACAGCCCUGGCUGAGCUGGGGGGGUGGGGGCAGCUCCGGCUGCGGGAGGAGAUUUUGUAAAAAAAAAAUACCAAAAAAAACCCCAAAAAAACCCAAAAACAAAAAGGAAACAAAAAGAAAGGAGAAAUUUAAAAAGCAAAAAAAAAGCCUCUGGAGGAAUCAAAACCCUUCGUGUGGCCCAGGGUGGGGGUCCCAGGGAGGGAUGGAUCCAUCCUGCUGGAUUUUACCAGGAAUUUGCCAUUCACGGAUUUUUUUGGGACUUUUCCUCCCAAAAAAGGGGAUCAGGAGGAUCAUUAGGAUGACUUUGUUCAUUUAAAGGGUUUUUUUCUCAUUUUAAGGGUUUUUUUUUUCUCAUUUUAAGGUAUUUUUUUUCUCAUUUA